AACACCAUCAAAUGAGGUCAAAGGUUGGAGUGAUGUUUGGACACUGCAGGUCACUGACCUUCAGUCCACACACACACACACACACACACACACACAUUGUCGUCCCAGUGUCUGCUCAGGAUGGCAUCUUCUGAUUGGCUGUUGCUUCUGAGCCUCUUGACGCUGGUCUCGGGCUCCCCCGACUUAGACAUCUGCGUCGCCAAACCCAAAGACCUCCCCCUAGAGCCGCGCUGUGUCUACCGCAGGCCCGAUGCCGACGCCCCAGAGGAGCCAACGGACGAGCCGGUUCCCGAGUCAACAAACCCGCGAGUGUGGGAACUGUCAAAGGCCAACGGACGCUUCGCUCUUUCCCUCUACCAGCAGUUGGCACUCAGUAGGAGCGCAGACAGCAACAUCUUCAUGUCCCCCCUCAGCGUGUCCACCGCAUUUGCCAUGACCAAACUGGGCGCUUGCGAGCGCACGCUGCAGCAGAUCAUGAAGGUGUUCGAGUUCGAUUCCAUCAAGGAGAAGACGUCGGACCAAGUGCACUUCUUCUUUGCCAAGCUCAACUGUCGUUUGUACAGGAAGAAGGACGCCACCACUGACUUGAUCGCCGCCAACCGACUCUUCGGGGACAAGUCGCUGCGCUUCAACACAACUUACCAGAACAUCAGUGAGGCUGUUUACGGCGCCAAGCUGCUGCCGCUCAACUUCAGGGACCACCCGGAACAAUCCCGCCAAACCAUCAACCAGUGGGUCGCCAACAAGACCGAAAACCGCAUCCAGGACACGCUGCCGCCGGGGGCCAUAGACGCCAACACGGUUCUGGUCCUGGUCAACACCAUCUACUUCAAGGGUCAAUGGGAGAAGAAGUUUGACAAGGACAAUGUCUACGUGGCGGACUUCCACGUGGAUGCCUCUCGCACAUGUUCUGUCCACAUGAUGUUCCAGGAGAACAAGUUCCGAUAUGCCCGUCUGCCUCAAGAACGCGUCCAACUGCUGGAGAUGCCGUACCGUGGCCGCGACAUCACCAUGGUGAUGGUGCUGCCGGGCCCGGAUGCCACCCUCACGCAGGUGGAGGCGGGGCUUGACCUGCCCACACUGAGCGGCUGGUUGGACAAGUUGGAGGAGACCAGCGUGUCCGUUCACGUCCCUCGCUUCCGAGUCGAGGACGGGGUGCGCCUCAAGGAGAAGCUGCAGAACCUGGGCCUGACACACCUGUUCAGUCCAGACCAGGCCAGCCUGCCAGGCAUGUUGGAGGACGACAGCGAUGGUGUUUACAUCUCGGACGCCUUCCAUAAAGCCUUCCUGGAGGUCAACGAGGAAGGCAGCGAGGCAGCUGCCGCUACUGCCGUGGUGGCCGUCGGUCGCUCCAUCAACUUGAAUCGGGAGAUCUUCAUGGCCAGUCGUCCCUUUUUGCUCUUCAUACGGGAGUCAUCCAUUAACACGCUGCUCUUUAUGGGCCGUAUGGCCGACCCCUGUCAUCUUUGACCCUGUUGCUCAAAACCUUCAUCAGUCACGAGACUGAAAUAUUUGACAGUCACAAUAAAGUCAUUUGAUGUGACUCAAACACUUAUCAUGGAUUCAUCUCAGCAUAAGAGAUUUCUAGAAGGUCAUGCCCCCCAAGCUAACAAUGACUGAGCGCUGGACGCUACAACCCCAAAAAUAAUGGAAUCACCAGUCUCGGAGGAUGUUCAAUCAGUUGUUUAAUUUUGUAGAGAAAAAAAAAGACAAAUCGCAGACAUGACACAAAACUAAAGUCAUUACAAAUGGCAACGUUCUGGCUUCAAGAAACACUAGAAGAAAUUAAGAAAAAAAAUGGUGGUGGUCAGUAGCAGUUACUUUCUAGACCAAGCAGAGGGAAAAAAUUAUGGAAUCACCCUGUAAAUUUUCAUUCCCAGAACUAACACCUACAUCAGGUAACAUUUGCGAGAGAUGUCACUUGAAACAAAGGAGAGGAUUAUCAAACCUCUUAAAGAAGGUAACACAAUGUUGCAAAAGACGUGACACGGGAAGGUUGUUAAAGGCAAGCAUGCUGGUAGACCAAGGAAGAUAUCAAAGUGUCAGGACAGACAGCUUAAAGCACUAUGUCUUGAAAACAGAAAAUGCACGGCAAAACAAACGAGGAACAAAUGGGAGGAACCUGGUGGAGUCAACGUCUGUGACCGAACUGUAAGAAAGCGCCUAAAGGAAAUGGAAUUUACAUACAGGAAAACUAAAUGAAAGCCAUCAUUAACACCUAAACAGAAAAAAACAACGGGCUAAGGAAAAGCAAUGAUGGACUGUGGAUGACUGGAUGAAAGUCAUUUUUCAGUGAUGAAUCGCAUAUCAGCUGCAUGUCAGGUAAAGGCACUGAGGAGAUGGCGGUCAUUACAUCUUCAAUGAACGCACAAGUUUACGUUGACAUUUUGGACACUUUUCUUAUCCCAUCAAUUGAAAGGAUGUUUGGGAAUGAUGGAAUCAUUUUUCAAGAUGAUAAUGCAUCUUGCCGUAGAGCAAA